GAGAAAGAGAGAGACAGAGAGAGAGAGAUUUCCUAAUCGUUUUACCCGCACAAUCGCAACUGGAAUCACCGGGCACCAGUCAGCCGUAGGAAGGACAGGGAACUAGAGUGAGAACAGGGACUGGAGCCACAGAGAGAGAGAGGGACACAGACACAGCAGAGAUGUCCCUGAGUCUGACUUUAAAGGGACCCAGUCCUUGGGGAUUCAGGAUAACAGGAGGAAGAGACUUCCUACAGCCCAUCAGUGUGUCUAAGGUGGUCACUGAUGGGAGGGCCGAUCUGGCCGGGCUCCAAAAUGGCGACAUCAUCGUAGCCAUCAACGGGGAGAGAACCAGCGAGAUGAUCAACAUGGAGGCGCAGAGCAAGAUCAGGCAGUGUCGGGGGAGUCUGCUGCUCGCUGUGGACAGGCCUGAACCAGGUUCCCCAAGAUGGAUGAACGGAAGCCCAUCAGCUGAGAGGUUCCAGAGCACGGUGCUCAGCAGGAGAGACGAGAACCAGAACCUGAUGGACAUUUCCUCCUCCACGUAUUCGCUGGGGACGAGCAGCAGCACCGGCUCCCUCAGCCCUCGUCCCAGCAGCCCGGCGUCCCCUGUGGCUCAGCUCCGCAGUGUGUCUCCAGGCUACAGUACCAUGUACAGCGCCCCCUCCUGGGGGCAGAGGGUGAUGAGCGAUGAGCAGCUGUACGUGCAACACCAGGGGGUAAAAGUGAUGCCAGACCCUCCCUCGUGCCGCAGUCAGUCUCCUGUGUACAGCUCAGUCGCUGGAGGAAGAACCUGCCGCUCGGAAACCUAUAGCCCCGGCUCCCCACCUUCCUCCCCCGGGAGCAACCUGUCUGCCUCCUCCCUCAGCACUGCCAGGAGACUCUCUGACUCUCAGUCCCUGAGGCGGGUGGAUAAGGAGUCGGAAGUUUACAAAAUGAUUCAAGAAAACAGGGAACUGAGAUCGAACCCGAGACAAUCUAAUCGCUUCCGAGCUCUGCAGAAAGCUCUGGAGAGAGAUGAGAGAGCGGCUGCCGCCGAGUUUCCCGGCUGUUUCUCGCCCCCGCCAGUGCCCGGUGUUCCCAGAUACCGUGUGUGUGAGCAGUGCGACACAGCCAUCGUGACGGAGGCGGUGAGGAUCACUGAGGGACGGUACCGACACCCCGGCUGUUAUGUUUGCCAGGACUGUGGGCUGAACCUCAAGAUGAGAGGCCAUUUCUGGGUUGGAGACGAGCUGUUCUGUGAGAAACACGCCCAGGAGAGAAGCCGAAGAUCAGCGGCAAUCUCGUAACGUCCUCUUCCCCAAAAAAAACCCAACCCUCGCUCUUCCCACACCCCCCAAAGCCACCC